CGUUCUCUCUCUGUUACUACUACUGUUUUGCUGGCAUCAUCAUUUCCGACUCGGGCAGUUGUAUACCUUUUCUUCACCAUUUUUGCUUCUUUAUAACUACCGCUGUUAUAAUCCGUCUAUGAUCCCUAUUCUGGAUGCUCUUCUGCCCAGUCGCUAGGUAGUCGCAGCAAACAAUUACAGCAAACAGCGUCGCGGUGGUGGUUCCCGAGGAACUGUCCGGGUUGUCGAGACUGGCGCAUUGAGACACCUGCGCCAGCCGUGACGUCCAUGGGCCGUGCUGGAAGAUGAACUCGUUGAAUAUCCUUUCGUCUCGAGUCAUUGGCCAGUCUUCCAAUUCGAAUCGCAUCCGUCAACGUUCCCGAUCGCAAGGAGACAACGUCCCACCAUCCAAGAGUCCGCCGGACGAUGUCGGAAAGCACCGGUCCUACAGCGAUGAUGAGGUUUCUUCGAAUAACAUUCUGGAAAAGCAGGAUGGCGACAUAUCCGAAUCGACCGAUGACAUAGCCGAUACUGUUGGGAGUCCUGUAUUAAACGAGAAGUCGCCGUUACUGCUACGCGAAUUCAAGAAAGACGGUCCAUUAGCUGCGAGAAGCACUACGGGAUCAAUUGCGCAGCGUAUAUUUGAUGCGAUUACGGAAACUAUUAAGUUUAUUCUAUCUACUUUGGCGGCUCCAGGAGUCUUUGCGGCGCAAUGUUUCCGAGACGAUGACGGUCACUAUUCCCCCAUGGCUCCGGUACGAAAGCUCCGACGAUCCAUCGCAAGAGGCUCGCAUAGAAAGAGGACGAGUAAAGGCGGAGGCAAACAAGGAGAUGUGCGCAAGCGUCGCAGUACACGAAAAUCCAAGAGCCAUAUCCCACGAGAGUCGAUCGCGUCGAAUACUUCUGAAUCGGAAGGGAGUGUAGUGAAGAGUCUCACUUCUAGCGGCAAGAGCCGGUCGUCUACUAAAGCGAACAAUUCAGAUCAAGCUUUGGAGGGCCCCCGUCGAUCAAUUCGGAUCAAAUUGCACAACGAAGAAACCUUGCAGCGACAAAGACAACGUCGGAGUCAGAGCGCCGAUCUGCGGCAGCCAUCGCAUGAUGACGGUUCCCGGGCAGGGUCCGUCAGUCUAGAUAGUAUCAAGUCGCCCACAUCUCCAUCGUCUUCCGUUCAUCGCAUUACCAAGUACCCACAUGCACCCGCUCCCCCACGACCGCUGAUUCCUCCACGUCUGCCUUCGUACACUGCGGCUCCACGCAAUGCCAAAAUUCCGCAGAAGACUCUUGUUCUGGAUCUCGACGAAACCCUCAUACACUCACUGGCCAAAGGCGGCCGCAUGUCUAGCGGUCACAUGGUCGAGGUCAAACUGUCAGCACCCAUGACCACCGCUCUCACGCCAGGUGGACCGCCCACGAUGCUAGGACCGCAGCACCCUAUUCUCUACUACGUCCACAAACGACCUCAUUGUGAUGAUUUUUUGCGCAAGGUCUGCAAGUGGUUCAAACUGGUGGUCUUCACAGCCAGUGUCCAGGAAUACGCCGAUCCGGUCAUUGACUGGCUGGAACAAGAGCGGAAGUAUUUCCAGGCGCGGUAUUACCGUCAACAUUGUACGUUUCGGAACGGGGCGUAUAUCAAAGAUCUGAGCGCUGUGGAGCCGGACUUGAGCAAGGUGAUGAUCUUGGAUAACAGUCCUAUGAGCUAUAUUUUCCACGAGGAUAACGCCAUUCCAAUUGAAGGUUGGAUCAACGACCCAACAGAUAACGGCCUACUUCACCUGAUCCCGAUGCUAGAAGCAUUACAAUACGUGACCGACGUCCGCGCCCUUCUUGCAUUGCGCAGGGGGGAAGCAGAGGCAUGAUAACCGCGCGUGAUUGUUUAUUUGUCCCUUUUCUGUAAAGAUGGUUGGAAAAGAGCCAUGAUCGUAUCAUUUUAUACCAUACCCCCGGCUCACCAUGCCCUCUCUGGUUAUUAUUAGUUUUGCUGCUGCUUUUAUAUUCCUUGUAAUAAGUUGACCUUUUCUUUUUCUUUU